UUGGGGCGGCUUGUUGCGGUCCGGCCUUUUUCAUUCCGGGAUGCGGCGGAGUUGGGCUUUGAGGCAGUGCGUUUCGGAGGCUCGGUUCUCCGGGAAGAGGUGGCUGGUGGCUGGCCUGGGGAACCAUGGAAUGCCUGGCACACGGCACAGUGUGGGCAUGGAGGUGCUGGGGCAAAUAGCGAGGCGACUAGGAGUGGCGGAGAGCUGGACACGUGACUCUCGCUGCGCUGCUGACCUCGCCCUGGCCCCGUUUGGGGAUGCCCAGCUGAUACUGCUCCGGCCACGGCGCCUCAUGAAUGUCAAUGGACACAGCGUGGCCCAAGCUGCCCAGCUGUUUGGACUGACUGCAGAGGAGAUCUAUCUGGUACAUGAUGAACUUGACAAGCCCCUGGGAAAGCUGGCUCUGAAGCUAGGGGGCAGCGCAAGGGGCCACAAUGGAGUCCGUUCCUGCAUUAGCUGUCUGAACUCCAGUGCAAUGCUGAGGCUUCGGGUAGGCAUCGGGCGCCCCACACACCCUAAUACGGUGCAGGCCCAUGUCCUGGGCUGCUUCUCCCCAGAGGAGCAGGAGCUGCUGUCCUCCUUGAUGGAUCAGGCCACCGACCUGCUUCUGGACCACAUCCGUUCUCGAAGCCAGGGGCCACCAUCGAGCCUCUGAGACCAGUGGACACAUCUACCUGUUUGACUGCCUGCUGAAGCCCAGACACAGCCACAGGAAUGCCGUGACACAUGUGGUGCUCUGCUGACAGGACAUGCUGGCUGGCUGAAGUCUUCCGGGAGCGAACAUUGUGAAACACUGUAUCCCCCAAGCUUCAGCUUCCUCACCUGUGAAGCAGCAGGGACCAA